GCGGGACUGUGGUGGCAAUGGCGGCUUGGUCCACCUUAAACGCUGCGGGUGUGACACUGGUCCUCUUGUUGGUCCUUCUUCGCGUCUCACAGGCUCAGACCUUCUUCUUCCCUUUCCGGCAGCCGGAGACAUGCGGUCACAACCAGUACUUCGAUAUCUCCGCGCUCUCCUGUGUCGCGUGUGGAGCCAAUCAGAGGCAGGAUGCUCGAGGAACUGUAUGUGUGUGUCUACCAGGAUUUCAGAUGAUCUCUAAUAAUGGAGGACCUGAUAUUAUAUGUAAAAAGUGCCCAGAAAACAUGAAAGGUGUUACUGAAGAUGGCUGGAACUGUAUUUCUUGCCCUGGUGGUUUAACUGCAGAAGGAAAAUGCCACUGUCCCACUGGCCAUAUUUUAGUGGAAAGAGAUGUUAAUGGAACGUUGUUGUCUCAAGCAACUUGUAAGCUCUGUGAGGAAAGUGAAAACUCUUUUACAAUAGCAAAUGCUUUAGGAAACAGGUGUGUCCAAUGUGAACCAACAUUCAUUAAUACCAGCAGGUCCUGUGUGUGUUCAGAACCUAACAUUUUAACAGGGGGAUUAUGUUUCAGCAGCACAGGGAAUUUCCCUCCACGUAUGAUUUCAGCUGCACGUUAUGGAGAUCUUGGCAUGUCUUUCACUUCAGAAUGGUUUGCAGAGUAUUUGCAGUCAUCAGCAGCUGCUUGUUGGGUGUAUGCCAAUCUAACAUCUUGCCAAGCUCUUGGAAAUAUGUGUGUGAUGAAUAUGAAUUCUUAUGACUCUACCACUUUUGAUGCAUGUCGACUGUUUCAGUUUAUCUUUGAAAAUACUGCUGGACUGGGCACUGUUCAUUCUGUUUCAUUUUGGAGACAGAAUCUUCCAUGGCUCUUCUAUGGAGACCAGCUAGGAUUAGCACCUCAAGUACUCAGUGCUACACCUCUUCCCACAAAUUUCAGUUUUAAAGGGGAAAACCAGUAUACAAAACUGAAGUUUGUUGCUGCUUCUUAUGAUGUAAGAGGAAAUUUUCUCAAGUGGCAAACUUUAGAAGGAGGUGUUUUACAGCUUUGUCCAGACACAGAGACAAGAUUAAAUGCUGCUUAUUCCUUUGGAACAACCUAUCAGCAGAAUUGUGAGAUUCCUAUCUCUAAGAUCUUAACUGACUUCCCCAUGCCUACAUUUUAUGAUGUGUACCUUGAAUAUACUGAUGAAAAUCAACACCAAUAUAUUUGGGCUGUGCCUGUGUUAAACUUAAAUCUUCAGCACAAUAAAAUAUUUGUGAACCAAGACAGUAGCUCUGGCAAGUGGCUUCUGACUCGGCGCAUUUUCUUAGUGGAUGCACUAAGUGGAAGAGAAAGUGACUUAGGAAGUCAGCCAAGAUUAAUUCGAGUUGCUACCCAAAUAUCACUGAGUAUCCGCCUUGUACCCAACACAAAAAAUGGAAAUAUCUACCCUCCCUUAAUUACCAUUGCCUACAGUGACAUUGAUAUCAAAGAUCCCAACAGCCAGUCUGUGAAGGUUUCUUUCUCGGUCACAUAUGAAAUGGAUCAAGGAGAAGCACAUGUCCAGACAGAUAUUGCUUUGGGUGUGUUGGGUGGACUAGCUGUUUUAUUGUCUCUUUUGAAGACAGCAGGUUGGAAGAGACGCAUUGGGAGUCCCAUGAUCGAUUUACAGACAGUUAUGAAAUUCUUGGUUUACUAUGCUGGUGAUCUGGCCAAUGUUUUCUUUAUCAUCACUGUGGGAACAGGUCUUUACUGGCUUAUUUUCUUCAAAGCACAGAAGUCUGUCUCUGUUUUGCUACCAAUGCCGGCUCAGGAAGAACGUUUUGUUACUUAUGUGGGAUGUGCCUUUGCUCUGAAGGCUCUGCAAUUUUUGCAUAAGCUCAUCUCCCAGAUCACCAUAGACAUAUUCUUUAUUGAUUGGGAGCGACCUAAAGGAAAGGUUCUUAAAGCUGUUGAAGGUGAGGGUGGUGUUCGGAGUGCUACCGUUCCAGUAAGCAUAUGGAGAACAUAUUUUGUGGCAAAUGAAUGGAAUGAAAUUCAGACUGUGAGAAAAAUUAACCCACUCUUUCAAGUACUUACUGUCCUCUUCCUUUUGGAGGUUGUGGGAUUCAAGAACUUAGCAUUAAUGGACUCAUCUUCUAGUCUUUCCAGAAGCCCACCUAGCUACAUAGCUCCUUAUAGCCGCAUUUUGAGAUAUGCGGUGUCUACCGCUCUUUGGCUAGUCAUUGGAAUUAUACAGAUUGUGUUCUUUGCUGUCUUUUAUGAGAGAUUUGUAGAAGAUAAAAUUCGACAGUUUGUUGAUUUGUGCUGUAUGAGCAAUAUAUCAGUGUUUCUGUUAUCCCACAGAUGUUUUGGUUAUUACAUUCAUGGUAGAUCAGUACAUGGGCAUGCUGAUACUAAUAUGGAAGAAAUGAAUAUGAAUCUUAAAAGAGAAGCGGAAAAUUUGUGUAGCCAAAGAGGUUUGAUACCCAAUACAGAUGGUCAAACUUUUCAAAUUGCUAUUUCUAGCCAAAUGAGACAACAGUAUGACAGAAUCCAUGAGACACUAACAAGGAAAAAUGGCCCUGCUAGACUAUUGAGUUCAUCAGGAAGUACUUUUGAGCAGAGUAUAAAAGCAUAUCAUACUAUGAAUAAAUUUCUUGGCUCUUUCAUCGAUCAUGUUCAUAAGGAAAUGGACUACUUUAUAAAAGAUAAAUUGCUUCUUGAAAGAAUUCUUGGAAUGGAAUUCAUGGAACCAAUGGACAAAAGCAUCUUUUACAAUGAUGAAAGUUAUUCUUUCAGCAGUGUUCUGUAUUAUGGAAAUGAAGCCACUCUUCUUAUUUAUGAUCUGAUGUUCUUCUGUGUUGUGGAUUUGGCUUGCCAAAAUUUUAUUUUAGCAUCCUUCCUUACGUACCUACAGCAAGAGAUUUUUAGAUUUAUUCGUAAUACAGUAGGACAGAAGAAUUUGGCAUCCAAAACACUGGUGGAUCAAAGAUUUCUGAUUUAAUUUAUUGAAUAGAUAAAGACAAUUAUAAUCAUGGCAAAAACAAAGUCAUGAUUAUCAGCAUUUAGGAAUACAACAGUAUUGGGGCGGGUGUCCCCAGCCAUUGCUAAAGCUGAAUCCUUUACAUUCUCUGAAUCUUGAGGACGACUGAGAAGAGGGGAGGCUAAUAAGUUGAGGAUUUGAAACUCUGGUUUCUUAAGGGUCACAGUACAGAAAUGCCUUUCUAAAAGCCUCAGAGAUAAGUAAAUGUACCAGCAUGGAUUUUUAAAGCCACCUACUCAGAAGCUGAUGAAAGAAAUACGACUCUCAUUCUACAUAAAAGAAGUUAAUAUUCGUGUGAAUGUAUCUAAGUGGAAAUUUCAAAAAAUAUGAUCGGUUGGCUCACCUGCUGAUAAAUUAAGACAGAGAAAAGACAUUUAAAAAAUCAUUUUAAAGUAGUUUUGUACAAUAUUAUUUUUAUUUUGGUUAGAUACAUAAAAGGGUAUACAGGUUUUCAUAUACUGUUGACUCUUGUGUUCAUAUUUCCACGGUUUAAACUUUGUGAUCAUGUGCUUAAUUUUCUACUAGACCCAUAAUCUUUUGUCUAUUUCUGUAAAACCAACCCACUGUACUUUGUAUAUUAUAUCCUUAAUUUUACUGAUUACAUAGAAACAUUUGAUAAAUCUCUUGGUCAUUUCAUAAUGACCCUAGGUUCACCUAGAGGUUCUUUACAAGCUGCUGUGUGCUUUCUAUCCUCCUUAUUUAUUUAUUUUUUUUAAAUAAAUUUAUUUUUGGCUGUGUUGGGUCUUCGGUUCUGGGCGAGGGCUUUCUCUAGUUGCGGCAAGCGGGGGCCACUCUUCAUCGUGGUGUGCGGGCCUCUCACUAUUGCGGCCUGUCUUGUUGCGGAGCACAGGCUCCAGAUGCUCAGGCUCAGUAGUUAUGGCUCACGGGCCCAGUUGCUCCGCGGCAUGUGGGAUCUUCCCAGACCAGGUCUCGAACCCGUGUCCCCUGCAUUAGCAGGCAGAUUCUCAACCACUGUGCCACCAGGGAAGUCCUAUACUCUUUAGAAAUGCAUAGGCCCUUGAAAUAAUUCUGCAGAUCAGUCUCUCUAUUUGAGAUGUUUAUACUCGCUUACUUCUUUCAUACUGCUGCCCUAGCAAACUGCCUUUUGAGAAGGCUCUGCUGUUUACCUAGAUUGAGAAGCAUUCAAAAUGACCAUUAACACAGUGCUUGCAAGCAUGAAACAGGUACCUUUUUGUUGUUGGUAAACAUUGACAAUAAAAGCUGAGAGGAAAUAAAUGUAAGUUGAAGAGCAGUGUGGCUUAAUAGAAAAAUGCUCCAAAUUUAGUAACAGAAGCCGUGGAGUUGAAUUAGAAUUUUGCCCUUUGUCACUUACUGGCUUUGUGACUUUACACCAAGUUGUUUGGCAUCUUUGAGCUUCAUUCCACAACUUUAUAAUGGAAAUAAUAUCCUUUGCUUACCACUUGUAAGGAUUAAUUCAUUAAGAUAGGUUUAUAAUGGUAAACUAUGAACACUGGAAUUUUAAAAUAUUUUAGUUUGAAAUAUGUGCCUUCAAAUGUAUAUUCUAUCUUGCUAAUAAAUUAAUUCUAUGAUAUCAAAACUGAGAUUACUGAUUUCAGUAACUAAGCAAUGAAAAUCCUGGACCUUACUUCUGCCUCAGUCACCCCAGCCUCAUCAAGGAAGAGGCCUUGGUAGAUGUCAGACCUUUAGUGAAAGGAGGCAAGAAGGAGCUGUUACCUUAUUUUAUAGGUGUGGUUUGUGGUACAGAUUAGAAAAGAGUAGAGAGUGGAAUGUUGUCUCUGGAAGGGAGGGUUUAUUUCAUUUGCUUAUUCAUUUAUACAUUCAUUCAAGCAACAUUUCUACCCAUUCCCACUCCCUGGCCCCUCAGAAGGGUAAGACAAUUAGUAGAGGAAACAGGUAUAUUAACCAUAAUUACAGCAAUCUGAAAAGUGCUGCAGCCACUAGGGUGUGAUGUGAGGAAAGCUCGUAACCGCAUCUCUGGUCAUCAGGGCUUUGACCUGACAGAGCUGUAUUUGAUCUAAGAUUUAAAGAUAAACAAGACAAGUGCAAUCAAAGCAAGGAACAAUAUAUGCUCUGAGGUGAAGCACGUGGCCAUUGGCUACUACAAAUUGUUUGAAUACGGAAUACAUAUAUUGUUUAUAUAUUUUUAAUAUUCUGUAUAUUAUGAUGUUUUAACAUCUUAAAAUUU